GCGACAUCACGUGACGAAGUUCCGAGUUUUCCAAACUGACUCAGUGUUGCUUCGCUUCGCGACCCGUACAGAAACGAUGGGCUUCCCGAGAGCUGCGGCAGCUGUGCUCUUACUGGCAGUUAUUCCAGUUUCACUUGCCACAAGUUCUUCAAAUUUUACUGUGGAUUACAAAAACAACUGCUUCCUUAAAGAUGGCCAGCCCUUCCGCUACAUUUCUGGCAGCAUCCACUACAGCAGGAUUCCUCGGGUCUACUGGAAGGACCGGCUACUAAAGAUGUACAUGGCAGGACUCAAUGCCAUCCAAACGUACAUACCAUGGAACUUCCACGAGCCCACACCCGGCCGCUACGACUUUUCAGGAGAUCGAAACCUGACGCACUUUCUUCAGCUGUGCAAGGACCUCGACCUGCUGGUCAUCCUCCGGCCAGGCCCGUAUAUCUGUGGCGAGUGGGACAUGGGUGGUUUACCUUCCUGGUUGUUAAAAAAGAAGGACAUCGUCCUCCGCUCAUCUGAUGCAGACUACAUUGCGGCUGUGGAUAGAUGGAUGGGGAAGUUGUUGCCUAUGAUUAAGCCUUACCUCUACCAGAAUGGAGGACCCAUCAUUACAGUACAGGUGGAAAAUGAGUACGGGAGCUACUUUGCCUGUGACUUUGAUUACCUGCGACACCUUGUCAAGCUGUAUCGUUCUCACUUGGGUGAGGAGGUGGUGCUGUUCAGCACAGAUGGAGCAGGCGUGGGCUACCUGAAGUGUGGGUCCCUGCAGGGCGUCUAUGCUACUGUAGACUUUGGGCCAGGUGGAAAUGUGACUGCAGCUUUUCAAGCCCAGAGACAUGCAGAACCUCAUGGACCUCUGGUGAAUUCGGAGUUCUAUACUGGGUGGCUGGAUCAUUGGGGUUCGCCUCAUUCUGUAACCUCCACAGCAAUUGUGGUCAAGUCCCUCAAUGAGAUACUGGAAAUAGAUGCCAACGUCAACCUAUACAUGUUUAUUGGUGGAACCAAUUUUGGCUAUUGGAAUGGUGCCAACACACCCUAUGCCCCCCAGCCUACCAGUUAUGACUAUGAUGCCCCCUUGACCGAGGCUGGGGACCUCACUGAAAAAUAUUUUGCCAUCCGCGAUGUCAUUAAAAAGUACAGGAAAAUACCAGAAGGCGUGGUGCCCCCAUCUACACCUAAAUUUGCAUACGGACAAGUGCCAAUGAAGAAGUUGCGGACAGUGUCGGAAUCUCUGGACAUCCUAUCAUUCUCUGGACCUGUCAAAACCCCUUACCCACUCACCUUUGAAGACCUUAAUCAGGCUUUUGGCUUUAUGCUGUAUCAGACCACACUUCCGGUAGACUGUCCAAAGCCCACUCCUUUGUCUUCUCCUCUAAACGGAGUGCAUGACCGUGCCUAUGUGACUGUUGAUGGGGUUGUUGCUGGAGUCCUGGAGAGGGACAAGGCCAUCAGCAUCAGCAUAACAGGCAAAACCGGCAGCCGUCUGGACAUCCUGGUGGAGAACAUGGGCAGGGUCAACUAUGGCAAAGACAUCAAUGACUUCAAGGGCCUGGUCUCUAACCUGACUCUCGGUGCUGACACACUCGCUAACUGGACCGUGUACAGUCUGAGUAUAGACGAGGCAGUGAAGAAAGGUCUCCUCUGGGAUAGUAGCUCUAUUCGGACCCCCGACACGGCACCCCCCACCACCCUCUCCCCACCAGCCUUCUAUGCCGGCUCUUUCAACAUUCCUGAUGACAUCCCUGAUCUCCCCCAGGACACCUACAUCCAGUUUCCGGACUGGAGGAAGGGCCAGGUGUGGAUUAACGGAUUUAAUCUGGGCCGCUACUGGCCGUCCCGUGGACCCCAGAUCACCCUCUUUGUGCCAGCGUAUCUUCUCAGCACCAGCGCUCCCAACAACAUCACGGUUUUGGAGCUGGAGGCAUCUCCCUGCUCCCCUGGUCCCUGCGUAGUCGAGUUCAUCAGCACUCCCAUUAUUAAUGGCACUACCAGAUACAUCAAGCCACUCAUGAGGGAACCGCUCAGCAAACAGGAUCUCUUUUAAAUCUCUGCUUUCUGCACUGUUUUCUGGGAAAUGUUUAAAUCUACAAUUCUGCAGUUCUAUUUUCAUUCCACCAAUUGAGCCAUAUGUGUGUAAUACUCGUUGUAGCAGUCUGAGACUUACAUAGUGCACUAUAGAGCACAUAAACCGAUGCCUAAGUAGUGCACUUUGUCUAAUUCAUAUUGAGUCACUGGGUUUAUACAUCACCAGAGGCUGUUGGCAUAAAAUUGAAUAGGAAAGAAAAAUGACAAUCUAUCCAGUGAGAUAUUUCACAAAGUGCGUUUUCUCAGUUGGCUGGAGACAUUUUAUUAUCUUUUAAUGUCUGUUCUCUUUACAUUGAGAUCAUGUAACAUCUACCUCACAGGGAUAUAUUUGUCGUAUUCUAAUGACAGCCUGCAGGAAACACUGGUUUACUUAAAGGGAACUUCUACUUUUAAUUCUUGACUGUCCUUAGCAGUUGUGUCUAUUCCAAUUACGUUGCUGCCACUUUGAAUCAUGGCUGAAUGACUCACUGUCGCUUGUCUACAGAGGACUUGUAACUUGAAUCAGGGAUCUUUUUUGAAGGCUUGCCUUUGGGAUGAAUAUAAAUUUUGUUUUGCACUUAUCUGUUGGGGUUUUGUAUGUGAAAUAAUAUGUUGUGCUGUUUUACAUGUCAAGGUUUAAGAGUCUGUAUUUUAUGUUGUAAUGCACUGAAAUUGAUUCACGGUUGUGCCAAUGUUGGAGAUUUUAGCAGUGAAUAAAAAAUCCAUUUCUUACUUGAA